UAUUUCCCUUGCGAUCCCCCUUACGUGACAGAAGAAGUGAAAGAAGCGAAGUCUUUCAAACAAGCCAGGCAUAAAAUGGAAGAGGAAUUGGAUAAGAUACAACAGGAUAUGUACAAGUCAGUGCCUUUCUUCAGCACAAGAUACAAGGUUGGUUGACUUGUGGAUUGUGUAUAGUUUGUUGUUUGACGUCCAUUAAGUAAGCUUUUUAUAGCGUGCAUGACCCAUGACUUUCUUCAGGUCCAUGUUUUCUCACAGGAACCCUCAGGGUCUGGUAGACUCAGUGUGAAUCCAGUUUGAAACUGCAGUUUAUUCUGGCCAAGUUUUAUUAAGCAAGAGUUUUCAUUCAUUUCCUUAACUUCUAUAAUAAUCCAUUUUUCAUUCAGUACCCUUAAUUCACAUGGUGUACCCUCCCAGCUUCUAUGCAGGCUUCCUUGCCAUUAUCAUUUCAAAGAUUUGUAAAAUAGAAUAUAAUGUCUACUCUCUUUACUACAUAUAUUUUAAAUUUAUUGUGUUUUGCCAAUUAUAAACGUUCAGCUAAUGGUUAAUGGCAAAAUAAAUCAAUGAAGGAAUGAAUGAAUGAAUGAAUGAAUGAAUUAUAAUUCAAAAACUCAUUAAUGAUUCAUAAAGAAAAAACAAAAUAUAUUAAUGUUUAAUGAGUGUCUUUAUAUCUGAUAAGGACAUAGCUAAAUUUUACGUCCAAGUUUUUAGACCAAAAUAACCCCAAAUCUAAAUAUUAGUGCAAGAAUGAGUUGAUCUAUAUCAGAGAUUUUGAAGCCGUUCAAAAACCUCACAGUCGUGUAUUAUCAGGUUUAAAAACUCGAGGCGAAAAACACUCCUGCUCGUUUUUCAAAAAGUACCUAAAGCGUAUUUGACCACGAUUUAAUCUCAUCUAUUAAUUCUUGUAAGUGUAAGGGUAAAUUAACUUGCAGGGACACGUGAUCUGGGACACCAAUGUACCAGCUAAUCUUGGAUACAUAGCUUCAAUACUGUGGCAUCAGAACAAUUGUAUUCAAGAGGCAAGCCCUGUAACAACGAUGUACGAAUUAGAGGCCGGUAGUGACUUGUGUGAGAUGCUGGGGCUGGAUCGAAAUGAAAGUAUGGGACAUUUGGUAACUGGAGGAUCAGUUGCAAACAUUGAAGCCAUGUGGGUAGCUAGGAAUCUGAAAUUUUACCCACUGGGGCUUCAAGAGGCUUUGAUAAAAAAGGACAAGUUAAAAGGAGCACGUGAAUACGAGGUAAUGUUAGAGAACAAGAAACCCCGCACGCAUUGUUUGCCAUUUCUUAAGAAAACUGCCACCAAGAUCAUUAAACAGUGGUACCAAAAACCUUUAAAUUUCAUCAUUUGCCUUUAUUUCAUUUCCUCUAUGUAACACACUUUUAAAUCCUUAACAGGCUUUUUAACGGACGUUUACUUUUUUUCUCUUGGUACAAUUUUGUUAAGGUAGCUUUAACGCCAAUCCAAACUGUUUGGUGGAUGAUUUCGUCAUAUUUUUAAAACUGAGCAUGAAAACAAGUUUCGCUGGAAAUGGUUGAAGCGAGAGCUAAAAAAUAUGAACUGUUGAAGAUUUAGCCGUAAACAUUCUAGUCUGUGUCAAUUUUGUCAUGUAGACGUACGAGAAUAGUUCUACUUUUUGCUCCGUGUAAAGGAAAUGCCAUGGUAAAACCAGUCAGAUGUAGUUUCUUGGCAGGAACGUCAUGUUAACAUUUGUCGUUCAAAGAGCCAUGCCCAAGAAAAUAAAUCUAUAUUUUGAGUUAAUAGGUUUAUAAAGUCUGAACUGAAUUUUAGAUAUACCGGCCUCAAAAAGGAAAAGACGUUCGUCUUGUGAAAGCUACGACAUGGGAGCUACUUAAUCUGGAUACUGAUACAAUUCUGAAGAUGCCAUCCGAUGUGAGCAAAAAAGCCGGUAUUAGCGAAGACGAGCUUAGCAUUCUUUUGACAAAUCACCUCUACGAGUGUAUUGGUAUCACUGAAUUUAACAACCGUCACGGGCUGACCCAGAAUCCCUGUGUUGUGGCAGCAAGUACCUAUCACGUGUCUUUCGACAAAGCCAUGACCAUUCUGGGGAUCGGAAGAGAAAACCUUGUGCAAGUGCCAGUGGACGAGAAUGCUCGAAUAAAAACAGACGGUAAGUAUUUAGUAUGAGAAGAAGUUUGAUUAUAAGUAGGAAACGCAAACGCCCUAUCAGACACGCUCACAUUUUUUCACAACAAACUUCAAGCUCUAGUUGGCUGCGAAUGGACGCUCCUGCCAGCACUCCGCGUUCCCGCCUUGUGAGGUCUCUACUUUUUCGUUUCCUGGCAAAUGGGAAAAAAGUAGUCUCUCCGUCCAUUAUGUCAGUUUUAGUUUAUUAGGUCUCUAGUCACUAUAAGUUGGAUUGAUUUCCUGAAAACAUGACCGCCUAGAGUAGCGUAGCUAUCUGCAGGCAUGUUAAUAUUGUAUUUCAAACUUUGAAGACAAAUAAGAAAAUGUAUGUAGGGGGUGUUGUUAGUCAGGGGGCUUAAUGGGGCAGUGUUUGUGUAAACGUCAGGAGAAUAAUUAUAGUAAUCCACUCAUUACAACUACUCUGGUUAUUCUUCAUUAUCAGUAUUACUUGAUGUUCUGAAUGAUAAGUUGAAGAAGAAAAUUCCUGUAAUUAGCGUGAUAAGCAUCAUGGGGACAACGGAAGAGAGUGCUGUUGAUCCAUUGAACAAGAUCUUGGAAAUACGCGAUCAACUGAAAAAGCAGGUAUGACAGUCUUUUUUCAACAUAUGCUCUAAAAACGUUAUCAACUUUCUGUUGCUUUUAUUUCGAGUAAAUGAGCUUUUACAGUUGUAAAAUACAGAGCACACCAGACAUGUAGACAGUACUACUAAAGUUCACACCCUGUUCAAGGCAUCUGGACCAGAUAGACACCCUGUUCAAGACACUGACUAGUGAAAUUGUGUACCCUGUUGUAGACUUCGCCUAGUCCUUGUACGGCAUUUCCCAGGCCUCCUCCGUCAAUUCACUUCGGUGACGUAUCUGAGGCUCGGACCACGUCACCCGAAACGCAUUGGCCGCACGGAAUAAUAACGCCAAAGGACUAGGCAAUUCUAGACUCAAGUCCUUGAAAACCAUACUCCAGUCGGCGGCGCAUACCCGAUUAGGCCAAGUAAGGGAGUGCUCUCCCCAAGGGGGGUAUACACAACCCAUGAAUAGCAAUCAUGUCUUUUCUUGAUCAGGGGCUCAAUUUUAGCAUCCACGCGGACGCUGCCUGGGGAGCUUACUUUGCGAGCAUGCUACGGGACCCACCAGCAGGCCUAUCCAAGAAGAACGUUGAAGACGAAGGGUUUGUUCCUGAACUUUCCCUCAAUGAAUUUGUCAUCAAGCAGAUGGAGGUAUUUCUAGCACUUAACCCUUUAAACCCUAACAUCAAAAUUAAAGUUCUUAUUUGAUUCAAGUGCNUAGACUCAAGUCCUUGAAAACCAUACUCCAGUCGGCGGCGCAUACCCGAUUAGGCCAAGUAAGGGAGUGCUCUCCCCAAGGGGGGUAUACACAACCCAUGAAUAGCAAUCAUGUCUUUUCUUGAUCAGGGGCUCAAUUUUAGCAUCCACGCGGACGCUGCCUGGGGAGCUUACUUUGCGAGCAUGCUACGGGACCCACCAGCAGGCCUAUCCAAGAAGAACGUUGAAGACGAAGGGUUUGUUCCUGAACUUUCCCUCAAUGAAUUUGUCAUCAAGCAGAUGGAGGUAUUUCUAGCACUUAACCCUUUAAACCCUAACAUCAAAAUUCAGAUUCUCAUUUGAUUCAAGUGCACUUGGUAAUCUUAAGUCGCUCUGUAGAACACAUGGCUUCACACUUGUUGACAAAGUAUAUUACUUGAAGUAAAAGCUGUCAAUCUCUCCCUUCAUUCAGGGAGAAUCUUGGAACCGCUGAACGUACACAUAGUGCAAAUGGCUACCAUUUCUUAAUGGUCAAGUGUGUUGUCAAGUGUAGUGUAGACCAUACUUGGCCGCGAACUUCGGCUUCUUUGAAUUUCGAACGUUUCCAUGGUCACCAGAUAACGUUGAAGUAGGUACAUUAUUUUUACCCGUUCACACUCAAAGUAGGUUCCAAGUAUACUUGCAUUAUACUAGAAGCUCUAGUGUGAAGCCAACAAAUUUGCAUACCUCGACCUCUAAAGUACAGAAUGCGAUUUCCAAUUCAUAGUUAUUACAGUUACAUGUACAAAUUAUCUGUCUAUUUGUUUCUUGAAGAAAAUUAAAGAAUGUGACACUAUCACUGGCGACCCACACAAAUCCGGAUUCUGCCCGUAUCCGGCCGGGGCAAUAUGCUAUCGCAAAAAGGAGCUGAACAACUUUGUCAACUUCACGAGCGAAACAGUUUAUUAUCAUGGGAAAAAUAACCUUGGGGAUCUGGGCAUUGAAGGUUCAAAGCCCGGUUCGGCUGCCUCGGCCGUGCAUAUGGCCAACAAGGUAAUCGUUCCUUUGUUAAUCUUGUUAUGUUUUGAGAGAAAGGGGGAAGAAACGUCAGUUCUUUGAGAAGAUACUGAUAAAGACAAAAAAUUGGAGAUAUCAUAUUCGGAUGCAGUUGUUCAACACAGUAUUAUAUCACGGCAAUCGGUUUCCUGGGAGCACUACUCUCUUCUUUAAAGUUUCAUUUCGCUACAAACGGUUUCUCCUGACCGAUUAACCCACGACUGCUUCCCUGGUGGACAUCUUAUUAAUUUUGAACCCGGCGCAUGAGCUUUAUAAGCUUAAAUUUAAAACGAAGACAAACAUGCCUCUUAAAUACAGGUUGUAGUUAAAACCAGGAGAAGCAUCAGGUGGAGAUGUGCUUCGGAAAUGUGGUUUUCAGGAUGUUUUAAAAUAACUUUUAAAUUCCGAUUUCUCUUCAGUAGAUUAGGAUUUAUGUCAGCCAUUUGCUGAUUAAAUUUGCCCGCUGAUUAAGAUAUAACAAGCAAAUGUCGGUAUUCAUUCUCCUCUUAGGUUAUUGGUCUUCACAAGGAUGGUUAUGGCCGACUUUUAGCUGAAUGUAUGUUUACUGCAAAGGUCCUUUACUGCUACUUGGUUUGCAUGGCAGAAGAUGAUGACGAUUUCGUUGUUGAGAUGACAAAGCCCCUACCUGCUGGUGUCACGAAAGACUACAUAAGGAACAACAUCAUCGGAAAAACCAACGAGGAACUG